GAUGUCAGUUAUUGGUCAGUUUCAAUUUAAAAGCUAACGUUACAACCCUCCGCGCAGUGCUCCACGUCCGAUCGUACAGAGAAAAGAGUGACUGUUCGUCUUGAAUAAUGGCGGAACUUGACUGUGGCUCCUCUGAACGAUACGAGUUCGAUGCUCCCUCCCACGUCGUCGACUUGAAGGAGCUGGAGAAUAACGACAGUGAUGAUCAGUGGUUCGAACAACAGGUCGGUGGCCUUACUACACCUUUAAGACCUGACUGGUCCUUUAUGAGAGGCAAUGAACCCAACCUGCCCAAAGCCAUUGUGAUUCAUGAAGUCGAGACUGAUGUAGACAGUGGUCCUGGCACAUCCACAUCUCCACCUCCAAACCUUGUCACAUCCUGGGAAGCUGAAACUGCGACUCAGGCUAAUGGCCGACCAAAGAGGAGGACAGCAAAUCAACCCCCUGCCCAGCCAAGCAGGAUUUCAAAACGUAAAGUGACAACAACCGGUUCAGCUCCUACACAGUCGGCUGCACCACCAUCAAAGAAAUCCAAACAGAGUCCUGUUGCCAGACUAGCUCGAAAAUCCAGUAGUGUCCUCCGCAGAAGUGGAAAGACAAAUUCCAGGACUGCACCUAUGAGUGGGAAAGCAGCUUCUGAAACUGGGAAGACAGAGCUGUGCAGCUCUGAAGAACAGGAGAUGGAGCGAAUCAGGAUCCUCCAGAAGGAAGUAGCUCUGCACCGCAGACAGAACGAGGCCAGCUACAAAGCUGCUCUUGCUGGCAAUCCACCCCCAAAGAAGGUGGCCCUGUCCACGACUGUGCCUAAAGAAUUCAAUUUCACCAAAGACAACCGCAUUAAGGCGACUACUUCAUCCAGUACAGCAGAUAAAGAAGAGGACUUCAUCAGUCAGCUUCGCAAACCUUCCUCCCCAGCAAAGGCCAUGAAAGGUGCCACUAUACCCAAACCCUUCAACCUGUCGACGGGCAACAAGAGAAAGGUAGAGGGGUCAGGUGCCUAUGUGCCCAUGGCUCAGCAGAUUGAGCAGUACCAAAAACGAACCCCUGACCGCUACCAUCUGCGUAGUCGCCAGAGUCAAGCGAGGGGGCCACAUCCAGUAAAGGGCGACCAACUGAAGCUUACCCAACCUCAUACUCCACACCUGAUGACCCGCCAGAGGAGCCGGCCCGCUACUUUGAAGAGUAGUGCUGAGUUGGAGGCUGAAGAGGUGGACCAACUUCACAAGUUUAAAUUCAAGGCUCUGGAGCUAAACAGGAAAGUUCUGGAAGGUGCAGAGCAUUUGAAGAAGCCAGCCGUGAAGGAACCCACAGUACCGGAAGGCUUCGAGCUGCAGAUUGAAAAAAGGCUUCAGGAGAGACAGAUUUCCAAGAAUCCUGAGGAAGAAGAGAGGCCACAUACCUUUAUAUCCCAGCCUCUGCCCAAGAGGAUCCUGGAAGGAGUCGUGGGAGUGCCAGAAAGGAAAGUUCUGCAUCCAACUGUUCCAGAGUCUCCAGCUUUUGCUCUGAAGAAGAGGGUUCGUGUUGAUCGCAAGGUGGAAGUAAAACAGCCGUCACCAAUCAAGGCCCCCCCAGUGCCUCACUUUGGCCUCCCCUUCCAGCCGCGGCUCCCAGAGCACCACCAUGUGGAGGUCUGUCCUUUCUCCUUUGACGAGAGGGAGCGAGAGAGGAGGGCAAUGAAAGAAAAGAGGCUGGAGGAGAAGAGGAAUGAAGAGGUUCCCCAGUUCAAGGCCCAGCCGCUGCCAGACUUUGAGUCUGUGCAUCUCCCUGAAAAGAAGAAGCUGGAGGCAACAAAGCCGGAGCCCUUCAGGCUUCUCCUGGAUGAACGUGGUUCUGUGAAGAACAGUCGCUGGGAGUUGAUGGUGAAAGAAGAGCAGAAGCAACAGGAGGAAGCGGCAACAUUCAAAGCCAGGCCCAACACUGUCAUUCAUAAAGAACCUUUCCAGCCCAAAAAGCCAGAGCGAGCUGCAGCAGCUGUGGGGAAUUUUGAGCUGUCGACAGAGCGACGUGCCCGGGAGCGCCAGGAGUACGAGCGACUUGUCAGCGAGAAGGAGGCUCUCAGGGAGCUCAUGGAGGAGGAGCAGAGACGAGAGCAGGAGCAGCGACAAAAAGAGGAGAUCACCAGGCUGCGGCAAGAACAGGUUUGCAAGGCUCAGCCCAUCAGACACUACAAACCUGUAGAAGUGAAGAAGAGUGACGUUCCUCUCACGGUCCCUCACACUCCAAAGUUCUCUGAUCGGUUCCGCCUGUGAUCAAACCUUAUUUCUGUUGGAAAUGUUUGAAAAACGUUGAAGCAUAUUUUUUUUUUUAUCUCCUUCCUGUUGAGCUUUAGAUUUUAACGACAUGCUGUAUAUAAUCUUCUCGCUACAUUAACUCUUUAUAAAAUUAGUAACGUUUAUUAAACAUUUGUUUUGCCUGCAUAAUACCAGUCAUCUUCAGCUUUCAACCAGUGGUGGUUCCUCUCCAAUUUUUGGGGUCAAAUUUGUUUUGAUGACAGAUGUUUGUUUUUUUAAUCAUUCCAAUUUUAUUUGUAAAGCCAAUAUUCACAAAUAUAUAGUAAGGAAAAUUACCCCAAAACAACUAUUGGGGAGGGGGGGAGAAGAAGAGAGGAGACGUAAAAACUCAUAGUCAGUGUUUCCACAUGCUCUACAAUGACUGCAAUAGACACAAUUUAAUCCCUAUUUGAAGUUCCUGUGUGUAAGUUUUAGGUGAAAGGGAUCUAUUGGCUGAAAUUGAAUAUAAAAUCUAAGUGAUGUUUUCAUUUGUGUGUUUUGCCUAUAUUGUACAAAUGUUUUUUUUUACCCUAUAAUAGGACCCUUAUAUUUCAAUACUUUAUACUGACAUCCUGAGUGGGUCCUCUCUAUGGAGGCACCAUGUUUCUUUGCAGUGGUCCAAACUGGACAUAUUAAAUAUCCUUUGUGUUUGUAGGACAGCUGAAGGCUAACACAGGUUCUCUUUCAUGUUUGGAAGGGGCGUGUGAGGGGAUUUCAGCUGCAACAUGCAACUUCACCACUAGAUGUCACUAAAUACUAAACACUGAUCCUUUAAAUCUUAAAUGCAAAGUGAUCUAUUAACCACUCUUUAAAAUCCAGGCAUGUACACUUGUUCCUUGUCCAUGGAGAGUGUGGCAAGGAAGUUUCUCUUGCUUGUUGAGCUGGAAAGCUUCAUUUCUCCUCCAUUGAAGUUGAGCAGAAAGAGGUGAUCCCCUCUCAGAGAGUUGAGUAGAAGAGAAGAGUCGAAAGAGACAGAAGAGAGGGGGGACUUUGCUAAUAUCAGCCUGGUGACCUCAUGGGUCAUGGGGCCCAGAGUGACCAAUAGGGGUUGAAAGUUGUGUAUACGGUCAGUUUUCACACCUUGGUGUGGAGUUGAAGCACCCUGGGAGACGGAGUUCUGACAGCUCUGCUUUGUCUCCAGACCAAAUAAACAUGUGGUCAGGCCUUGAGUAAACAUGUAGGCCGAACUGUACUUCAAAAAUACUGGGUUCCAACAUACUUGAGGCAUGUAAAAAGCAAGACUAUCUGGAUUCCAUUAACAUCUAUUCCAAUAUCCAAAAUCCAAGAAUAAACUUGUCUAUGAUCUGGUGCUUCCUCGUGAGUUUCAAGCCCAGAGUGAGGGAUGGAGAGGUGCAGGAUUUCUACCUCCUGCCAACGUUAUUUCCUGCGUAUGCCUACUUCUGUUGAUGUGAACACGUCUGAGUGAAGAAGCUGCUACGUGAAAAGGCAAAACUCUGCAGAAAUUCUGACCCACUUCUGCAGACGUUCUCCGGAAUCAUAUCUUAGAAUGAUUAUAUUGACAACAUGUAUCUCAGCACAUCGCCUUCUAUAAGCCAAGUUGUGUCCUGUUGCUGUCAGCCAAAUCCAUCUAGAAGUGACUGAGCCUCAGCAGGGAGGUGAGGGGUGGGGUUCAUCUGAUGAAUCUCGGGACCUAGAAGUAGAUGACCCCGUCAUCUGCAAAUUUUAUCCAAGGCAGGCAAAUACAGACAUCUGUGUCUCAACCAUAUCAAGAAGUGUAAAUAAAUAAGUAGUUCCUCAGAAUAGUAUGCUAUCUCAACAUUCUCGAGUAUUUACAAAUGUGAAUUUAAUUAACAUUGUUCUAAUUAAACUCAGUAUGCAAACUGUCCCUAAUUACGAGAAUGAUCUUUGCUCUUUCAGUCAGAACAAGGAAUCUAAGCCCACCGAAUUCCAAUGACACAUCUAAUAGAUUUUAAAAAACAUUUUGAUUCUGCUUGUAAAACUGAGAAUGUUAACCCAGUCCCACCAACUUCUGCAUAUGAAAUGAAAAAUACUGUUUUAA